UCUUCCAUAAACAUUAUCCACUUGGUUUCAUUUCAAAACUCUCUCUCCUUUCUACAACACAACCAAAUCCCAUCAAUUAGUUACUUCUACACAUUGCAAACUAAACAUAUCUCCCAUUUCCUUUAGUUUUCUCUGCAAGCCUGCUCCAAAUGAAGAAAUUUGAGCUUGUUUUCAUACCAAUACCGGGGUCUGGUCACCUUGCUUCCAUGGUUGAGAUGGCAAAUACUCUCCUCGCUCGAGAUCAUCGUCUUGCUGUCACAAUGAUUGCCUUUAAGCUACCCCUUGAUCCCAAAGCUAAUGAAUAUAUUCAAUCCCUUUCUGCACAGUCUCUUACCAACAACAACUCCAUACAAUUCAUUGUCCUUCCUGAAUUACCUGAUAUCCCAAACAAUGGGAACCGUUUCUUCCUGGAAGUAGUUCUUGAAAGCUACAAACCCCAUGUCAAACAAGCUCUUAUCUCCUUUCUUACUACCUCCACCAACCAUCUUGCUGGAUUCGUGUUGGACUCGUUUUGCUCAACCAUGGUUGAUGUAGCUAACGAAUUUAAGGUCCCUUCUUAUGUGUACUACACUUCUUGUGCUGCCUAUCUUGCUUUUAGUUUACAUCUUGAACAACUCUACACACAAGAUAAUAGUAGUAAUGAGGUAAUUCAACAAUUGAAGGAUUCAGAUGUUAAUUUGAGUGUACCAAGUUUAGUGAAUCAAGUUCCAAGUAAAACCAUUCCAAGUGUCUUCUUUAUUAACAAUUUUGCUGUUUGGUUUCAUGAACAAGCUAAAAGAAUUAGAUUUGAUGUAAAAGGUGUUCUUAUCAAUACAUUUGAGGAGCUGGAAUCACAUGCGUUAUCUUCUUUGUCAACUGACUCCUCUUUGCAACUCCCACCUUUGUAUUCUGUCGGACCUGUUUUGCACUUGAACAAGAACACUGAGACUAUGGAUGAUGGAGAUGUGUUGAAGUGGCUUGAUGAUCAACCACUUUCAUCGGUGGUGUUUUUGUGCUUUGGAAGUAGAGGAGCUUUCAAAAAGGAUCAGGUGGAGGAGAUUGCACGAGCGCUUGAGAGAAGUAGAGUUCGUUUCAUUUGGUCUCUUCGACGACCAGGGAAUGUGUUUCAAUCAUCAAUCGACUAUACAAAUUUUGAAGACAUCUUACCUAAGGGAUUUCUUGAUCGAACACAGAACAUUGGGAGAGUCAUCAGCUGGGCACCGCAAGUGGAGAUAUUAGGCCAUCCAGCCACAGGUGGGUUCGUAUCACAUUGUGGUUGGAACUCGACGUUGGAAAGUUUGUGGCAUGGCGUGCCGAUGGCAACAUGGCCAAUGUAUGCAGAGCAACAAUUCAACGCAUUUGAUCUGGUGGUAGAAUUGGGAUUGGCUGUGGAGAUCAAGAUAAGUUAUUGUAUUGAACUUAAAGAACAAGCCAACCCAAUAAUAAUGGCAGAAGAGAUAGAAAGAGGAAUUAGAAAGUUGAUGGACAACAACAAAAAUGAGAUAAGGAAGAAAGUGAAAACAAAAAGUGAAGAAUGCAGAAAAAGUGUAAUAGAAGGUGGAUCCUCUUUCAUCUCAUUAGGAAAAUUUAUUGAUGAUGUUUUGAGCAACUCUACAACAGGAGGAAACUAAGGAUGUAGUAGGCAGUGACAAAUUGAAAAGUUAUAACUUGGUAUCGAGGAAAAAGUUAUAACUUGGGUGUGAAGGAGGCUAGCUAGAAGCCAAAUUUAUCACUAGACCUAGCUAAUUGUAAGGAACGUAAAGUUGAGGAGGGAUUGAGCCCCUUGAACAUAUAGUAUAUAUGUGUAAGUGUCGUUAGAGUAGUUGUUUCAUUUUAUUAGUCAAAUUUUUGGAUACAUCCAUCGCUCUACCCAUCUAUCUACAACCCAUCCAAUUCUCCAA